AUGUCCACUCCCGAUCCCAAUCCCAAUCCCAGUCCCGCCGUCUCCGUCGCGGUACCGCGUUCUAUAGCCACCGCACCGGAGACUCUAGUGACUCAAUCUAACACAGUCAAAACGCCGACGUCUCAACCGCCACCAGCUUCACCUUACAGAGCCAUAGCUCCGCUUCAACGCCAUCCUCAACAGAAUAUCUACCAGCAACCCUUACCGGGCAGGCGGUCGCAUCCCGUUGCCGGUUCGCCUCGUCAGCCUCACCAAGACCCUUCGGGUCUUCAAUACCCGUUUGCUUCUUCGGGUCGAGGGAUUCCGACCCGACCCGGAAGACCGAAUUCAAGUCCCUUGGCUGAUCCAGUGGGUAGUCCAGGUGGGUUUCCUCCUCGCCCAUAUCACCAUGGACAAGGACAAGGACAAUCUGGGUCGAAUUUGGAUCCGAUGAUUCCGUUCAUGAGAGCUGCACAUUCUCAGAUUCAACAGUCUUCUCAUCUCGGGUCGGGUUACAUGAAGGGAGUUCCUCACUUCUUGCAACCUCGGGUUGCUCAUCCUCCUACUUCACUUCUCGACAAUAGUGGGCAUAAGAAUGCGAGACGCCGGGACGAGGCACUGGUCCUUGUUAGAAAAAGAAAGGUUAGAAUAACGGAGGGAGCUUCUCUAUAUUCACUUUGUAGAUCGUGGCUGAGAAAUGGUGCUCAUGAGGGCAUUCAGCCGCAGCGAAGUGAUACAGUGACGUAUUUGCCAAAGCCUUUGCCUGUGGAUACUACGGAGACAAGUCCGCCGAAAGAUUCAGUUGAAGAACCAAACGGUGAAGAAGAAGACAAAGAGGAUGAAGAAGCUGUGAAACACUUGUCAGAGUCUGAUCUUUUGAAAAGACAUGUGGACCGAGCUAAGAAGGUCCGAGCUCGAUUGAGAGAAGAACGGUUGAAGAGGAUUGCGAGGUACAAGGCAAGAUUGGCUCUUCUUCUGCCACCAUUUGGAGAGCAAUGCAGGAACGAGUAA